UGUCACGCGUACCACGUAGUUGUUUUCGGGGCUCGGUGGAAAAAACAACGUCCUGAAGCUACGGACUUAUCGUUUGUUGCAAGAAGUGUAUAAUGUGUUUGUGUGUGAUCAAUACUGAAGACUAUUUUUCUGGACAGGAUGCCACGCUUUGGAACCUCAUUAUGUUGGUGUGUUAAUGGACGCUCUUCGGCUGCGACUGCAGUUAUUUUAGACUUGGUCAACGAACCAAAAAAUGGCUUUGAAACUGAAAUUCAAGGACGAACACGGGAUAUUACACAUCAACAUGAGUCCCACCUCGAGUCCCGAAGCGAAGGAGAAACCCGACCUCACGGACCCCAAGUUCGACUCAAUCAACAACCGCUUCGGCCAAUACGACCUCUUCGGAGGGAAAUACGACUUGGAGGGGCAGUCGCUCUUUCGCAGCCGGUACAACAGUGUCGAGGAGGAGUUGGCUAACACGCCGUACGCGUUCGCUACCGAGCGACUACGCUUCAACAAUUUAGACGUUACGAUCAAAGCGCGCGGCGUAGACGCAUCGCCCUCGAAGGAUAUAGAAGACGAUCGGUUCUUCAAUCGGAACGACGACGAUCUAUUCGGGCCUACGAUCGAUAACACCCCGGCGUUUACUGUAACUCAAUUGAUACACGCGCAGGAUCGGUAUUUUGAUCUGUCGUCGAGGAGUAGUGUAGUGGACUCGCCUAGAGUGAAUAGUUUGGGGUUGGAAGUGAGUGGAAGGGGGAAGGAAGAGGAUGAAGCCUUCAAGGUGCUGUCUGCCGGGACGGCUGUGAAGGCGGUGCAGGUGGAACCACCGACCACUUUACCCGUGGUGCCAACAUCGAAGCGAAAGCGCGAGUCGUCGUUUGCGAUACUAACGGAGACGCCCGUCGCCUCCCGCCCCACCAGCCCUCGCUCGCUACCCGUGGAGAUCAGAUCCGACAAGCGAAAUCCUUUCAAAGGUCGCGGCUUCAGAGAAGAGACCUCCCGCCACAACACGCCCAAAACCUCAGCUGCCAACUCCCGAGCCAACUCGCCGCCGAGACGAAGGACCAACUCCUUGUCCAAGAUCGACAAGAUGGCCCAAGCAGCCACCCUACCCCUUCCCAUACCCACCCUGAGCAGACCACACUCCCCCAGAAAUUUCGUCAAGGAAAACAUAGAAGAAGUGAGAGAAAUUAGCGAAUUGAACAGAGAGAGGCACGAAGCUGAAGCAGAACAGCAAAGAAUAGAAGAAGAAGAAGCUUUACUCAAAGAGAUGGGCUUGCUAGAUAAAAACGCAAAGAGCGACGCCAUCAGAAGCGUCGUCUGUUCUCGGACUAACUCUAGAAGUAAUUCUCCAACUAAAAUUAAUCUUAGGUCCAGAUCCAACUCUCCAUCGGCAAUAUUACAUUACGAAAACAUUCGUGCUACUAGUAAAGAAUUCAUAAAUGCAGAGGAUGGGAUGGCCCAACCUGUAACGCAUAGGUCUAGGAUCCGAACUGUGUCAAAAUCGCAACCUCAAUCCAACGAGGGAUCUCCGAAACAUUCAAAAAUUCCCAAACGCCAAAACUCCGUUUCCCCUAAUCGAAUGAGUAAAAGAGACGGCUCUAUGAGUAGACGGCCAGUUGAAAAUGGUCUGAAAAACCAAAAGUACAUGUCGAGCAGUGCAAGCAGUAUACACGAAACGAUCAGGAUAGGGAGCCAAGUUCACGAUAAGAGAAAUAGCAAAAGUACUCAACAUUUAACUAUAAGUCCAGCUCUUAUAAAAGGGAAACCUCCAAUAUCACCUGGAAGAGGCGGACCACCGCCUGCGAAUAGAUCUAUCAACUCAAAAAGGCUGUCACCUAUCGUAGGUACUCCAAACAAAAGCCCUAUUGAAGACCUCAAGCCAAGUUCUGCCAAAACAACACCAAAACCAUCACCAGCGACUAGAAAAACUAACAAAACUGCUGGUAACACUCCUGCUACGUCUAGAUUAAAUUCUAGACAGCCAAGCAGAACUGUCAGUAGAGACCCCAGCCCUGAAAAGCGAAAGACUGUAACUAAGACCUCCACUUCUUCUAAAAUAGCUAACAACGUACCAGGGAAGCCGGUGGCUCGGACAACCAGCACCAGAACUACGCAGAAACCUGCUCCUGUAAGUAAACCAGAGCCUAAAAAACCUAUGAGCCGUACCAAUAGUGUGAAAAGUUUAGUAAGAACCCCUAGUAGUAAAACGUUAAAUGAGAAACCUCCACUAGCAAAGAGAAAUAGCAAAAAAGAUUUGACGGAGAAAAAUAAAUCUACAACUAAAUUAAAUGAAGUUGGUACCAAGAAAGAUUCGAGUAAAGAUGACAAAAUUCCCAAAAAAACAGAAUCUGCUCAAAAAGAGAAAACAAAAAAUGAAAAAGGGAGUAGUAAUGUGGAAACGAAAACGAGCGUAGAUUCAGGAACCGACGCCGAAGAGCAAGUUAUGAAACAGGACAAUGAAACGCAAUACGACAAGAUAACGAACGAGAAAGGUGAACUGGUACUAAUGACGAAAAGAAACAUUGUUUCCAUGACGACGGCAGCGAUCACUUCACAGCCACUUGCAGUAGUAACCACCGUCACCAAUCAGCUACCAGCAGCUUUGGAAAAAGCUAGAGAAAAGGGUAUUUUCGAGAGACUUAACUCUAGAGACUCUUUAGCACCUAAAGAUGAACAGAAUGAAGGAAAGUCAGAAACAAAAAAGGAUAACGAGACUACGAAACCAGACACAAAGGAUGCGACUGAAGACAAAGAGAAGACAGAUGAAAAGAAACCGCCUAAAGUAGAAGAAAAGAAACCACCUGCUCCUGCCCCUAAACCUAAAGAACCCACGCCAGUCUUCGUGGACGAUAGUAUAAAGUUAAAACUUCUACAGCCUCCCUACAACAAUCCUCAAGUUGAGCGCGCCAGACAAAAAAUAGACAGUAUAUUAAAAGAGCCUGAAGUUUCUCCUGAAAACAUUUUAGCAGCUGCAGCAAAAGCAAAAGAGCCACCCAAAACAUUCAAGAGCGUAGCUGAUAAAACGAAGACAGAAGUGAAAGAGACAAAAGAUGAAGUAGCAAAGAAACUAACAGAAAUUAAAGACGAGGCUGUGAAAAAGGCGGACAAGACAGCAGCUGAAAUGCGGUCUGAAGCGACUAAGAUCGUUGACAGCAUUAUUACACCUGUUGAGACGCCAAAAGAGGUUUUAGAAAAGGCAAAAGUGGAAGUCAAGAAAGAGAUAGAACCAAUAGUGAUGGUUGUGAAUGAAAAAAAGAAGAACGGGCCAGCGGAGACAGUGGAGAAAAUGACGGAAGCUCUAGUUAAAGGAGAACCGGAAGUGGAAGUGCAAAGUUCGAAUCUAUCGACGCCGGGGGACAAGAUGGCGCCUCUGAAGAAGAUGGCCGACGGAAAUGACUCGGACAAAUCGCAGAGCAAUGGCGGGUUUCCGCAAAGUACAAGUACAACACCGAAGCCCCCAGCGCGCGCACACAGAAAGACUUCCAAAGAUGAGAAGACCACGCCAGAACCGACUCCACCCCCAGAAGACCAGCAUCCCAAACCCCCCAACAUCUGCCAAAGACUCAUGGGGAAGUGCAAGACGAAGUGCUGUCCUUGUUGCAUCAAGGGCGAGGAUGACGAGGCGACAGAGAUGGAAGAUGCGCAGAAGAAAGGAACGCUGAGCAAGUUGAACUGCUGUAAGAAGGGAGACGUGGAAGACCCAGAACAAAUACGGGAGGUGGCGAGAGCUGCAGGAAAGGAAGCAACGAUAGAAUUCGAAAACGAAAUAAAACGCAAGCGCACCUUCCGCGACAUAUUCUGCGGGUGCUGCGGCCGCCGGCGGCGCGUCGGCGACGUGUCCGGCGUGGUUUCUCCCGGCGUCAUGUCGGCGGGCGUGGUGGACGCGCCGGUUUCCGGCGUGGUCGCCGAGACGGGCUGCUGGGGGAAAAGGCGCGGGGAGGAGAGAAGGGACAGCAUAUUGAGCGACCGACCACCGCCAGGUUGCUGCACGCGUCUGUGCACGUGGAUGGCAGGCGCGUGCCGGCGGCGCUCCGAGGCGUCGUCCAGCCGACGCACCAGCAUGUUCUCCAAGAACAAGAGCAUGUCGCCCACGCUGCCGCCCGAGGACACCCGCAAGAAACUGGACUCGUCGCUUGUGGAGCACACGAGCGUGAUGAAGGGCGCCAUCCCCGUGCUGCCCAUCGUGCUGGCUUACUUCUGCCUGCUGUGCAACGUCUGCGUCCCUGGCUUGGGUACAAUUCUGAGUGGACUGUUCUGUCUGUGUUUCGGCAUACCAAGGUUCGGCGUCUACGAUGGGGCCAAGCAGAGGAUAGGCGCGCUGGUGAUCAACUUGAUUGUGGGUUGCGGGCAGCUGUUCACGGUGCUGUUCUGCCUGGUGGGCUGGGGCUGGUCCAUCUGGUGGGGCGUCAUCAUGCUGAGGGUCUCGCGUAAAUACCGCAAGUUGAAAGCGGAAGAAGCGGCAGCAGAGGAGGCAGCGGCGCCGCCAGUCACCGCCAACAACCACACGAGGGCGUAACGACCGCCACGCGACAGCGUCACGACCGCUACUCGACCACGUGACGGUCGCCACUCGACAACGUGGCAAUCGUUUGAAACAAUGACUGCCACAACAGGUCAAGCUCUAUGACAAAUAAGCAGAAAUAGUCUGGUUUCGAAGUGAUAGUUUGAUACAAGCAAAACUAACUCUUAUUUAUUAUUAUGAUAAUGUAUAAAAUUGGCACGCCAUCUUGAAAUUUGGGUGAGUGUUAGCUUGACACUUCACUUCUUAAAAUUGUGUAAUUUAUCUUUUUUAACGCGAAUUCAAUGUUAGACAAAAGGUCUAAACGUUGCUUGUAAUUAAAAUGAACGAUGAAAAUGUAGAUAUCGUUUUGCUUGAUUAUUCGAUAAAUCUGGCUCGAAGGACCAAAAGAGCGGUUUGACAAAACAAUGUAAUGUUGCGAAAAA